CUGCCCCGAGUGGGUGGGACCUAACGGGGAAAGAGGUUGUUUGUGUGGCUGCUGUCAUUGUUCAGCUUCUCCGCUACGGUGUCACCUCACCAUCCAAACGGCGAAGGACAAAAGAUCUUACUGAAAUCUCAAAGGAUGUCCCGGGAGCAGCAGGCUGUGGCUCGUGCCAGGAAGGCCUUUGAAACAGGCAGGUCCAAACCUCUGGAGUACCGGAUCCACCAGCUGAAGAACCUACAGCGGUUAUUCACUGAGAGACAGAAAGAGAUUUCAGAUGCCAUCAAGAAAGACCUCAAUAAGAGUGAGGUGGGAACGCAGCUGUAUGAGACUCUGGGUUUGGAAGGAGAGAUUGGCCUGGCCAUCAGGAAGCUGAAGGAGUGGGCAGCCCCCCGGUCCGUGGAGAAGAACCUACUGACCCUCUCGGACACGGUAUACAUCCGUCCUGAGCCGCUGGGGGUGGUGCUGAUCAUCGGGGCCUGGAACUAUCCUUGGGCUGUCACAAUCCAGCCGCUCGUUGGAGCCAUUGCUGCUGGUAAUGCAGCUGUGGUGAAGCCCUCAGAGAUCUGUAUUCACACUGCAAAAGUCAUGGAAGACCUGCUACCUCUUUAUAUUGACAAAGAGCUUUAUCCUGUAGUGACCGGAGGAGUGCCAGAGACCCAGGAGCUGUUGCGAGAGAAGUUCGAUCACAUCUUCUACACCGGCAACAGCAUGGUGGGUAAAGUGAUCAUGGAGGCUGCUGCCAAACACCUGACACCUGUCACCCUGGAGCUGGGUGGAAAAAGCCCCUGCUACAUCGACAAGAACUGUGACAUCAGCGUAGCCUGCAGGCGAAUCACCUGGGGAAAGUAUACGAACUGCGGUCAGACCUGCAUCGCCCCCGACUACAUCCUUUGUGAUCCCAGCAUCCAGGACCGGGUCAUUGAAGAGGUCAAGAAGUCCACCAAGGAUUUCUACACAGACAACCCAAAAACCUGCCCUGACUAUGGACGCAUUAUCAACCAGCGCCACUUCAAGAGGAUCAUGACCAUGUUGGAGGACAGCACCGUUGCCGCAGGAGGCGACAACGAUGAGUCAAACUGCUAUAUUGCCCCCACAGUUCUGCGGGAUGUGAAGCCUGAGGCAAAGGUGAUGCAGGAGGAGAUAUUUGGACCUGUGCUUCCUAUCUUGCCUGUCAGUAGCUUGGACGAAGCAAUAAAGUUCAUCAACAAGAGAGAGAAACCUCUGGCCCUGUACGUCUUCUCACCAGAUGAAAAGGUGAUCAACAGAAUGAGAGACGAGACAUCCAGUGGAGGAUUCCUGGCCAAUGACUGUCUUGUUCACUUUUCUGUCAGCUCGCUGCCUUUUGGAGGAGUGGGAAACAGCGGUAUGGGCUGCUACCACGGCAAGUACGGCUUUGACCAGCUGAGCCAUCUGCGUGGCUGUCUCAUUAAAAAGUUGAAAAUGGAGGGGGUUAACGACAUGCGCUAUCCACCUCACACACCCAAGAAACUGGGCUGGGCACGCUUCUUCAUCCUGAAGACUAUGGACCUGGGCUGGAUGGGCCGAAUGGCGCUUUUGGCUGUGCUGGCUGUGGUGGCUGCUGUUAUGCUGCAGAGAUAUUUCCAAUAAUGACACAUCACGAAGUCUGCUAUCUUCUUCACUCUACCAGAGAGGACAUAGAGCAAAAAGAAUCUCAUAACAAGUCAUAGGAAAUCAAAUCAGUAUCCGCAACAAUAAACAGGAAGUUUUCAGUGUUGCCUUAAUCCCUUUAACACUUUAGUUUUGAUAACAGAAAUGAAGUGUCAUGGAGCUCAUUGUAGGAAACAGCUUAUUAUCAUGUAGGGAAUUAUUUAUUCUCAUGUAUGGCUCUUAUAUUUGUAUUGAUCAGCACGAUGUUCCCUUAUAACUUGUUAGAUCAAGUUUGCAUGAUUCACAAAGAUUUUUAAGCACGCUUUAUCACAAACAAACUGAAGAUUCUAGUUUUUAUGAAGCAACUGAAUGUGUUUUGGUGUACUGUAGGAUUGUACAGUAUGAUGCCAGGUUUAAGGAACAAUAAAUGUUUACAUGAAGGACCGGAAAAAUUUCCCAUUUUGUGUCAGAUAUGGUUUAGCCGUUAACUUGACAUUGGUUUGAUAAUAUCUGCACAAUGCAGGUUUUUUUUUCUUUUUUCUUUUGUCUUCAGUUCAUCAAAAUAGGAUCAUGUGAAGGAUGUUUUUUUGUUUUUUUUGAGUCUCCCUAGAGCACCAAAUGCCUCUAACAAAUGUACGUUCCUAGAAAUUGUUUUGUGAUCUGUUUAAAGCAAAUCCCACAUAAACAUUUCAAGACUUUGUAAUUAACAAGUAGAAAUACAUUGCAUGUCUUUUAAAAUAUUAAAAUCUAUAAUAAAAAUAUAUUCUUA